CCCAAAAGAUGCUUCAGCUUCAGCUUCUUUUCCCACCAUGGCUUGCCUCACUCCUGGAGUUCUCUCCAACCUUCUCAAUAUCGCCGCCGGAAACUCACUUUCUUCGCCGCCAUUAUUGUCCUCACACCGGUCACCACUCCUCCAAGUCAUAGAAAUCGUUCCUUGUCUCUCUGACGACCAAUGGCGUAGCGAAGCAUUCUUCGUCAAAGUCUCUGACUCUCUCCACGCCGCUUACGUCGCCGUUUCCGCCGGAGAUGACGCUGAUCUGAUACGUUCCGAUGAAAUUCAGCUAGGGCAGUUUGUUUACAUAUGCGGUGGUUUACACGUUGAGAAAGGAUGUCCUGUUCCUGUAAUCCGUGGAUUGAAACCAGUCCCUAAGCGGAGGAUGUGUGUUGGAAACCCUAGCGAUCUUUUUUCUAGCGAUUUGCUGCAUUCUUUUACUCAGGUCUCUGUUUCGCCGACGGCCAAGAAGAAGAAGAAUCUUGUUAAAACAAGGAGAUUGAGUUUGGAUUCCGCGAGAAGGAGUUGUUGGGAUCAAACUCCUCCGGUGACUCGUCGUCGUGACGCCGCAAUGCUUCUUUCUUCACCACGUCCUAAAUCCAAAUUGGUCUUGAGUGAUAAGAAUCUGCUAAAGAAUGAAUUGCCAUCAAAGAACUUUAACUGCAACACCCCUGCUUUAAGAAACAGGAAUGUGGAUAAGCCUGCAUCACCUAUAUCAAUGGCCAAUUCUCCAAAAGAUGGUAUCAAGUCACCUAUACCAAAGCACCUUAACAGCGAAACCCCUGCUUUAAGAGGCAGAUAUGUGGUGAAGCCUGCAUCACCUAUAUCUAUAGCUAGUUCUCCGAAAGAUGGUAUCAAGUUAUUGUCAAAGGCAGUGGCUCCUCCUGUUGCGCUUUUUAAGGUGCCUUCUAGUCACAUGACUUGGUCUGAUCAAAGAAUCUCAUGGAGUGGACUCCCAAAAACCAUUCAAUUGCUCGGAAAGGAAGUUUCAUCACAUAGGCAAGUAGCAGUUUCGGCAGCAGUAAGCGCACUGGAGGAAGCAUCUGCCAUGGAGUCUGUUCUACUCAGUUUGCAGGAAUUUGCCGAGCUCUGUGAUUCUACUAAGAAAUUAUCUGCAGGACAAGUAGUGAGCCGUUUCUUAGACAUCUACCACAGUACACAGAAUACAUGCAAAGCUGUCCAUCGGUUGCUUACUCAAAAUCGAAACAACGGCUCACGUAGAUUAGUAGUAAACAAAAAUGCAGCAUCUUGGGUUCAAACUGCCGUAGUGACCAAUUUUUCUCAGUUCAACUUAUUCAAAGAGCCUGGAAAGAAAGAAGAUGCUGCUGAUCAUCACUACAUUGUUAUACAGAAAUCAUCCGAGAAACUGAACCCCAAGGAGACAACAAGUUCAAGAACCCCAUCUCACAAAGGCGCAAAACCGCCUGCAACUAAACAUCGUUCUGUUUUAGACCGAGGUAGCUUCGAAGGUAAAAGCAGUCUGAAUGAGUCAGUGAGUCUAGCGGACGAGUUAGUCCACGUUUCCAGCCAAUGGUUCUUGAAAUAUUUGGAGAAUUCAGUGAACAAAGGGUCUUUCUUGGUGAAGAAGGAAGAAACAAAUGGAAAAGAGUCUCUUCUCGUCCACCUUAAAGCCGUAAACCAUUGGCUUGAUGAUCUCAUCUUAAACCGAAUGGAAACCAACGAGAAAGUCGAAGAUAUAAGAAAGAAGCUGCAACGGUUUCUACUUGAGCAUAUUGAAUCUGCCAUUAGGGAAGUUACAAUUUGAAAAGAAAGAUUGAAAUUUCCU